UCUUGUGAAGAAUUUGAUCAACCAAUCCCAGAUCGGAUUCGGAUCAUCGUCAAGAAAACGCUACUGUUAAAUGUUAACAAAGAUAAAUCAUCAAAAAAAAUUUGGGUACUCACAUUCUCCUCUUGAUCCCUUCUCCGAUUCGCAAUUCCGUCUUCUUUUCUUGAAAAUCUGAGUAGCCCAUCAGUUGAAUCGCCAUGGAAUGUUAAUACCUCGUUUCAUUUCAAUCAGGCAAAUCAUCGAACAGUUGGUGUGCGUUUGGACAGACCAAAAUUGUUGGAUCGUGACAAAAUUGGAGUGAUGUCGCUCCCGUUUAUGAAGCUUGGGACGCUUGCAUUGAGAACCCUAAGCAAACCCAUUGCUGUUAGGCUCAAAAAAGAAGCUGCCAUCAACCCCAAUUUUCGAACCGCCAUCAUGGCUGUCGCUCAGGCAAACCAUCGGUUCACGACAACAGUGCAAAGACGGAUAUAUGGACGUGAUACAGAUGUUAAAAUUCGGCCUUUGGAUGAGGAACGAGCCGUUCAGGUAGCCGGUGACCUUAUUGGCGAGCUCUUUGUUUUCACGGUUGCCGGAGCUGUCGUUAUUUUUGAAGUGCAAAGAAGUGCUAGAUCCGAAGCCAAAAAAGAAGAAGCCCGCAAGAAAGAAAUCGAGAUUAUGCGGCAACGCGAUGAAAAUUUAGCAAAACAAAUGGAGCUUCUCGAGCUAAAGCUUGUUGAACUUGAGAAAACCACCAAAGCACAAGCGUUAGUGGACAGUCAAACCAAAGAGGUCAAGCGAGCAAACUCAUCCUCUUGAUCUAUUCCGACCAUGCUUUCGCUAUUAAUAACGCAGUUAUACUUGAUUCUUCGUGGGUACUGGAGCAAACUCGUUACAUUUUACAGAGAGGUUGUUUCCACGACUCAAAUCUAUUACCUUCGGCUUGAUCAACGCUUGCUAUGUGUUUUUGUACCAAUUUUUUCGGAAGGAAGAAACUUAGCUCAUUACCCUUUCUAUCUUGAUUGGUUAUAUCGA